AUUGCGCCUACAGCUGGGAAUGUAAACAAACGUAACAGUCAGAGUGUUUUUGGUUUUUGUGCAUUUGAUAUGAUUUCAUAAUCAUGACACAAAUCAAACUUUCAUCAUAUUAUUAUUACAAAGGAAAGUUUCUGACUCAGAACUCCAUUAUUUUUUAAGUAAUUCGUCAUAUUCAUGGCGAAUCUUCUGCGAUACUGGGCCACAGGAAAUGUUAGAUACGACAAGGCGUACAAAAUCCAGAAGGCCCUGGCCGCCAAGCACCUCACCAACGACCCUCAGAAUGUGAUCCUCUUAGUCGAGCACCCUCCCGUCUACACGAUCGGAAUCCGAACAACCUCCUACUCUCCAGAAGAGGAGGAGCGACUGAAAAAAUUAGGCGCCGACUUCCACAGGACCAAUCGAGGGGGCCUUAUCACUUUCCACGGGCCCGGACAGUUGGUGGCCUACCCCAUUUUAAACCUCAAAACCUUCGACCUUGGCGUCCGCCGAUACGUCUGCACGAUUGAGAAAGCCGUGAUACAGACGUGCAGACACUUUGGAGUGGACAAUGUCCGUACGUCGGAUGAACCCAACGAGACGGGGGUCUGGGUCGGUAAUGCCAAGGUCUGCGCCAUUGGCGUGCAUGCCAGCAGGUUCAUAACUAGUCACGGACUGGCCCUCAACUGCAACACAGACUUGUCCUGGUACGACCAUAUCGUCCCGUGCGGUCUGGUGGGAAAGGAAGUUGCUUCAAUCAGCAAAUUACUCAACCGGGAAGUGUCCGUCCAAAAGGUGGCCCCUGUCCUUGUGGGCGCUUUUUGCGAUGAACUGAAUUGCAGCGCGAGCAACUUUACCUCCGAGGAGCAGCAAGAGAUAUUGAAGGAAAUUUCCUGAUUUAGGUUCAACUAUGCAGCCAUCACUUUUGAGCUGUUACGGCAGGGGUGAAGAGGGAGAGAUGUCGUCAAAGAAUCGGAGCGGCUUGUCGUCCACGGGUGAGUUUUCUGAGGAAGAGGAUGGGGCAAUAAUUGGCUGAAGGGAGGUUGUUCUCGUCUUGUGCUGACUUCCACUGCUUCCAGUAAUUACCUCAACCAGUUCUCGGACAGAUGGCAGCAGGUCGUCAGUGGACAAAGGAGUUCUGCACGAUGCACUGAAACUACCCCUCUCAAAGCUGCCUGUGCAAAAGCUCCCGCUGCCCAGAGAGGACGAAAUCAAGUUCCCUGAUGAGCCCUUUUGCAAAUUCAACAGUGGCUGUUGAUUAGGCUGCUGCUUCAUCUUCAUCAGCUGCCGUUGAUAUUUCCGCUCAUUCUCCUCCUCGAGACGGCGCACCCCGUAGCUCCGGACCGACGAGGAGCUACUGUUGUACGAGGCUGUGGAUGGCCGUCUUGACCCUGAAACAAAAGUGACUCGUCAAAAUUGUUAACUUUGUCCUACAAAAGACUGGUCCCAUAGAGUGCUGUGUGUUUUAAAAUUAUAUUAAUUUAAGGGGAAUUUACGUCUCACUGUUGAAUUUUAAUGUACAAAAAAUAAUAUAUUAAAAUAGAAGUGCAGAAGAGUUUUACCUGCAUAUCCUGUGUGUUUUAAUUGUUUUUUAAAGGGAAGAUACAUAAAGUAGAGAUUAAUUUUGAGUUCUGUGCAAA